AUGGAUUUCUCUGGUUUCCAGCCUCCUUAUAUCAACCCCGCCAUCCCUUUCUCUGGGAUUAUCAAAGGAGGCCUUCACGAUGGACUUCAGAUCACCGUCAAUGGGACUGUAAUUUACUCUCCUGGAGGCAGGUUUGCUGUGAACUUUCAGACUGGGUUCAACGACCAUGACAUUGCCUUCCACUUCAACCCUCGCUUUGAACAGAACGGAUAUGUGGUCUGCAAUACCAAACAGAAUGGAUCCUGGGGGCCUGAGGAGAGGAAGAUGCAAAUGCCUUUCCAGAUGGGGCAGUACUUUCAGAUCAGCUUCCUGGUGCAGAGCUCAUACUUCCAGGUGACGGUGAACGGGAGCCAUUUCAUGCAGUACGCACACCGAGUACCCUUCCACCGCGUGGACACCAUCUCCAUCACCGGGAGUGUGCAGAUUUCCUCCAUCGAGUUCCAGAAUCACCGUGCAAUCCUUGUCCAGCCUGUCUUCUCCACAACACAGUGCGCGCAGCCUGCCUAUCCCCAGCACAGGCCCCGGGGACGCAAACCGAUUAUGCUGCCUUACGUCACCACCAUCAUGGGUGGAUUGUACCCGUCCAAGUCCGUCAUGAUUUCAGGCACCGUCCUGCCCAAUGCCCAGAGAUUCCAUAUCAACCUGCGCUGUGGGAGUGACAUCGCCUUCCACCUGAACCCUCGCUUCGAUGAGAAUACCGUGGUCCGCAACUCUCAGAUCAACAGUUCUUGGGGGCCUGAGGAGCGCAGCCUAUCGAGACCAAUGCCCUUCGGCCGUGGCAGGAGCUUCAUGGUGUGGAUCAAGUGUGAAAGCAGCAGCUUCAAGGUGGCUGUGGAUGGCCAGCACCUGUUUGAAUACUACCACCGACUUAAGAACCUGCCAGCCAUCAACAACCUGGAAGUGGCAGGGGACAUCCACCUGACCCACGUGCAGAUAUAA